UCUCUCUCGCUCUCUCUCUCUCUCUCCUCGUUAAUGGUUUCGAACUCCUCCUCCUCCUCCUCCUCUCUCUCUCCUCGUCCCCCACGAAUCGCGGACGCAAAACCCUAACCCUAGAUCGAGCUCCGAUCGUAGUGAGUUGGGCGAAGAAGGACCCUGGAUCUCCUAGGGCACUUUGGUUGAUCCUCUCCCUUUCUCGAGGGAUUUUAUGGGCCUUUUUGGUGAUUCUGAAACGGGUCGCACCUUUUCUUUGCAAAUGUGGAGGAGAUUACGACAGUGUAAGUAAAAUAGGCUGGGACUGAAGUGUACUGAAGUGUGGACUGAGAAUGGGAGCGGAAAAGGGAGGCUCGAAGAGCGGCGGAUUCUUCCAUUUGUUUGAUUGGAACAGGAAAUCUCGAAAGAAACUGUUCUCAAAUGUGUCACCUGAGGGCACGAAACAAGGAAAGAGAAGUGAAGACAAUUUGCCGACUACUCGGUUUUGUUUGGUUGACGAAGGUGAUAACAUCGCUGUAUCAAGCAUCAAAGGAAGUAGCGAUUACAGCUGUGCAUCUUCUGUUACCGACGAGGAUGGAAAUGGGACUAAAGUACCUGGAGUAGUCGCCAGGCUUAUGGGUUUAGAUUCAAUGCCUGUAUCGAAUGUUUCAGAACCCUAUUCCACUCCCUUUUUCGACCGACGAUUGCUUCGAGACAGCCAUAGCCUCAAAAGAAGCCCCGAAUUCAGCAAAAAUGACCCAUUCAAUCAUUUGAUUAAGAGGGGUGAAGGUUAUAUUAGGAAGCCAGUGGAGUCGAGGGCUCAAAAGAUGCCGAGCAGCCCAAUAGAGAGGUUUCAGACAGAGAUCCUACCUCCUAGGUCUGCGAAAUCCCUACCGAUCACUCAUCACAAGUUGUUAUCACCAAUAAAAAACCACGGAUUUUCCUCUGCCAAAAAUGCUGCUCAAAUAAUGGAAGCAGCGGCAAAGAUCCUCGAGCCGAGACUCCAAGCUAGUAGUGCUAAGGGGAAAGCCUCUUCAUUUGGGUCAUGUUCGGUUCCUUUAAAAGUUUGCGAUCCAAAGGAGAGUAUGAUAGCCUCUCAGAGGACGUCUAGGCUGUUACAGUUAAGUAAAGCGCCUGUUGAUACAACCGAUGUCCGGUUCUCUAGAGGCCAACCACUGAAUAGGACUUGGAAUAGCCCAGAGGACAUUGUCAUAUUCAGGCCCUCUCCUGAUCCGUAUGAAAUUAAUGUAGGAAAUGCAAAGGGUAAGGGAAAAUCUAUCAAUUUAGCAGUCCAAGCAAAGGUUAAUGUCCAGAGAAGGGAAGGUUUAAGUUUAAGCACACCAGGUACGAAUAGAGGAAUUCAGAAGGAGCAUGAAGAAUGUAGAUUAAACCAACUUAGUCGCAACCAACCCAACAUUCAAAAGAAUAAGCAACAAAAGAAGCAAUUGGCCGGCAACGCUUCCGGUGUCCUUAGGCAAAACAAUCAGAAACAGAAUUGCCCACCAAACAGAAACAAGCUAGGUGCGAACAAGUCCGUUGCUAGUCAGCAAGGGAGAAAAGUUUCAUCUCUAGAGGCCUCUUCUGGAAAGCACAGGAAUGUAAAUAAAGUUUCCGUGAAUUCCAGAGUUGGUUACAGGAAAGAUGUUGUGGAGACCACUGUCCCAGAAAGGGAGGGAUCUUCAUCAAUUAAUAAGGACUUCCCUCAGAAGAAAAGGUUGAUUGCGAAGAGCUUUAGUGGUGAGAAGAGUACAUUUGUGGAGAACUCAUUUAGUAGAAAUGAAAAACGUAUCCAACCUAAUGUGAUGAUUGAUGAGUAUACAAAGUGGAAUAGGGAUGAUGGACAUUCUACAGAUGUUGUGUCCUUUACAUUCACCUCUCCGUUGAUUAAGCCAUCAACUGGAUCCAGAUUGUCCUCUAAUGUUGAACAAAAUGCUAUAGAUACAAAAGGUAAAAGCUUAUCGUCGAUGGGAUUUGAUGUUAUUAAUGGUGAUGCCUUGAGCCUUCUCUUGGAACAGAAGUUGAAGGAACUUUCAUCUGUUGCUGAGUCAUCACAUAACUUCAGCAAGGCUGGGAGCUUUUCGCCCUUUGGUUCUUCUUCACGAGAACCGCAAUUUUCUAGUUCUGAUUUUGUGAAGACUGAACAAGGGAAGUUUGAAUUUGGCCCUUCCAAAGAGAAAAAUAGUAUAUUUGACUAUUGCCUUUCCUCAGCGAAUAGUCAGGUCUUCGGGAUGAGCCACAAUUUACAGGGAGAUUGUAACAGUAGCUGUGAUGCUCGUAAGGAACAAGACGACCACCAUCUUAGUCCCCUCUCUAUACUCGACACAACCUUCUCAGUUGAGAGUUGCCUCUCACUUGAGAGCUCAGGCAGCAGUGAUGGGAUGAAGAAAUGCUCUUCCUCAGUCCAAGCUCAGAAUAUUACUUGCUCAAGCAAAGCAUCAUCAACUGAAGCUGAACUGGAUUUAUCCGAUUCAGCUUCUUCUGCUUUCCAAGAUACCUCAGAUAUCCCAGAUACUCUUACCAGUAGUGAAAUUAAAACAACCAAAUUUGAGCUUCAGUACAUCAAGGAGAUACUAUCCAACACAGAAUUGGGAUCGGACGAUCUUGGUUCAUUGUUUAUGCGCCUUAAUGCUGGCGAAACUUUGGACCCUCUCCUCUUUGAUAAGUUGGAAAGUAAGCGAAGUAGAAUUACAAACGGAAAAGAGAUUAUGGAUAGUAAAGCCAACAGAAAGCUGUGGUUUGAUUGUGUUAUUGAAUGCUUGGAAUCAACGCAUGGCAUCUACUUCGAGGCAGGAUAUAAGGCAUGGAGCAAAGGGAUAGUAGCAACAAAAAAGGGUCUCGAAAGAGAAAUCUUCGGCGAGAUUAUGGAAUGGAAGAGCAUGGGGGAUUGGAUGGUGGAUGAUCUUGUGGACAGAGACAUGAGCACCCGGUUGGGUAAGUGGGUGGAUUUUCAAAAAGAAGCAUUUGAGACUGGUGUCGACAUUGAGGGGGAGAUUUUAGGCUCUUUGGUUGAUGAAAUUCUUGGAGAUAUCUGCAUCAAAGUGCAGCAUUGAUUCUUCACAAGU